AUAAGUGUCUGCAGAAACAAUGGAACAGCUUGUAAAUAAAUCCAACCAUCUCGGUGUCUUCUGGGAUAUUGAAAAUUGCAACAUCCCCCGAGGAAAAUCCGCAAUGGAAGUUUGUGAAAAAAUCCGCAGUUUACCCUUUUUCCAUGGAUACACUGAAAUACAGUUUGCCGUGGCUUGUGAUGCUACGAAAGAGAAUCCUGGAAUCCUAAAUGAUUUAGGCAGAGCUCAGGUUGAUAUAUUUCACGUGAACUCAAACAGUAAGAAUGCUGCGGACAAGAAACUUAAAGUUUUGAUGAGACGAUUCGUUAAUCUUCAUCCUCAUUCAAAAAUAGUUCUCAUCUCAGGAGAUGGAGACUUUACCGAUGAUAUUUUUGAUAUUAAAACUCACAAAUCUGUUGAGAUACUGCUCAUUUACCCACACAAAACAGCGGAUGCCUUGAAAACCUUUGCUCACAGCUCCAUGAGCUAUAACAAGCUUGUUGCUGAUAUUAAUGCUGAUAUUGAGACACAACUUAAGAUUACAAACCUACCAAGUUUGGUAGAGGAUGAGAGAUUAAAUGUAAACUCACAAAACUUUUUGUCCUCGAAAGUAAAUAAUUUUUCAGGACGUAUUAUGAGCUAUGAUGGUGAGUCGGGUUCAGCUAUACUCUCCUUCUCAAACACUGAGGAUGCAAGAAGAUUUAAGGACGUUUACUCCAACCAUAGGAUCGGUACAAGGAAUAUAUUCGUGCAGAAUCACAGAUCUAGAUCAAUCCCUGCCAGGCCCGGAGACAGGUCAAGGACAGUUAGUAGGAACAGAAACCGGAUCCGUAGAUUUUCGUCCCAAGAGAACGUUAAUAAUUUCUCUGGUCGUAAUACUCCAGGAUUGAUGGGAAAUAGCGUGUUUGACCAAAGAAUCCAGGUGAGCUCUCAAAACGUGAGAGAUACUCCCAGUUUAUUGGAUGAACCUGUUCCUCCGCCCCAACCUAGUUUAUCAAACAGGAUGAAGGAAAGGAUCACUAGAAGGAUAAAUAUCAGGGAUAGGAAGCAGAGUGAGGCAACAGAGGAGUUUAAAUCAAGAACUGAGUUAUCCUACCAGGUUCAGAUGAAACCAAGCGCUGAGUCUGAGUCUAGGUUUCUGGAGUUGGUGUACAGAAAAGUUGGAGAGUACUUGGUGGAAACUAUCUACAACGAGUAUGAAACUACGUUCAAGAUCAAACUUGCAACAUACGACCAGGCGGUUAAAAUCAAAGAAGAACUCGAAAAGAAAGAAAAUUUUGAUACCGAUUCUGACAUUUACAAUUGCAAACAUGAAUGUUAUAAUUUCACAGACGAGAAACUGGUGAGAGUAGUUUUGAUUAUCAAAUCUUUGAAAACUGAGAUUUCUGUGGCCAGAAUACAGAAAUCUUACCUGAAAAUAUACGAUGAACGAAUUACAGUCGACGAAUUAAUGUCUCUGCUCAGCCGAUAUCGAUCUCGGAGAAAGGAUGAAGAGAGAACAGUUGAACCAAGCAGGGAUUAUCACAACCCGGAGAACUUGUUUGAAACCUUGAAACUUGAAGCCAUUCAUAGCAAAGAAGGUUUCAUACGACUUGACGAGUACAGUGUUUACCUUCGUAAGAAAACUUUUAACGACCCUGAUGUAUUUAUAUUGACGCAAUAUAACGAGACCCGACUGGUUGCGUACACAGGACGGUUUGCACAAAGAAGUCUGUUCUAUGCGCAACGAUUGUACGCUUUGUUGAUAGUUAGCGGUAUGGAAGACAAGCUUGACGCACAAAGAGUCGGACUUAAAGUAAAUAUGUUUGAAAAUUACUUGAUGACAACCUCUGCACAUUUUUCGCAGGAAUGUGUAUUGUUAAAGCACAUUUGUGACAUGCCAGACUCACAUUUUAUGCUGAGUGGGGAGUAUAUUCAAGCCUCCCCCACCCUCAUUACAUCUAUUACAGCACUUCAACACCUCAAGCAUAUGAGAAUAUCCCUCGCCACUCUCUCUGCAUUCGAGUCCGAGUAUGUUCUCAAACAUUUUACAAAGAUGAGAAACUUGUUUUUCUUUAUUAAUAAUAGAACAGAGUUCCUUACCUUCGAUAUAGAAUGUGGUAUGGAGAGACUGGAGUUUAUAUUUUCAGAUUUAUUUGAUUUUCAGGAUGAAGAUACAGGGCUGAAGGAGUAUAUCCUUGAAUACUUGGAGAAAGAACUCCUUUCAGUGAAAUAUCAAAGUUCAAGAAACUCAAUCUUCUCUCCUCCUUCCUUUGGUUCUCAUGCUUCAGGCUCUCCUUCUGCUCCAGAUUCUACUCCCGCUCCAGGUUUUACUCCUGCUCCAGGUUCUACUCCUGCUCCAGUUUCUCCAAAUCCCAUCACACUCUUUCAGGAGGACAUCCGCAUUUUACCAGACAAGUUCCAACCACCCGUCCUCCAACGUUCUAUUCUUCAACCUCUCGUUCUCCAACCUUCCAACCUCCAACCUUCCAACCUCCAACCUUCCAACCUCCAACCUUCCAACCUCCUACCUUGCAAAUUCCAACCUAUAAAAUUUGAUUUUUAUGUGGGGGGUAUUCACCAACCUCCAGAUAUUCUUGGAGGUUUGGUAAAGAUACCCAACCACGGAGCUUCUUCAAACUUAGUCUCCGACCUACAGAAGUUCUCCGAUAAUCCAUCAGUCUCCGGUAUCUCUUUGAAUAAGAGAAACCUAGGAGUAGUACCUUUAGCCAGGCUAACAGGAGAGGGGGUUGAUCUGUUUGAACAACAAUAUGUACAGGUGGGGAAGGAUGAUAAUGAAUUGAAAGAAGAUAAAGAUGUAAUAGAAGAGCAGGAGGAGGACGAGAAGGAGGAGUUUGCUCUAUCUCAACCUGAUCAGUUCGACUCAGAUGCGUCAGUUUCUGAUACUGACACAGGGAUGAAUAUUUCCUCUUCAACGUCAAGAGACAUUAUCACUAUUCCCCAGGAUCCACAAUCCAAUACUUCUUGGAACAAACCUGCUCAAACAUGUAUAGAAAAUGUUCAGAGAGGGGCACACAUAUAUGGCCAAAGAGGCGCACCACUACCUGCUCAACGACGCACACCAGAAGAUGCUCAAAGACGGACACCAGACUAUAAAAGAGGUGCACAAGAAGCAAACUUUACACAUUUACGGUCAAGACAAUCUGCAGAAAUGUUAGUUGGAGGAGAAGUAUUUGCAGCUACUGAAUUAGAGCUUCUGUCAGCAGAGAAGGAAGCUAGACGGUUAGCUGCAGCUAAUAAGAAAGAGUGUGCAAGGUCCGGGUUGAAUGCGCUUCCUAGAAACUGGAUUCAAGGAUGGGAUAGAACUCCUGGAGUAGAUUCUACAUCUAGAGAUGAUCCUAAAUCCGGAGCCAAUUCUUCUACUCCUGGAACCAAACCAGAGAAUCGGGUCAAUCGUAACCUAGGUUUCCACCUCCUUUCUCCAAUACUUGCAGGGGGACCUGGAGAAGGGAACCCAGUAAAUUCAGGGAAACCUGGAGAAGGGAACCUUAGUUCUGUACUUGAAAUAUCAGAGUCAGGAACACCGCGGAAAGAGAAGAAGAAGAGAAGAAAAAAUCGGAACAGGAUUGCUGCAAAUUUUUCUGUUACUUUUCAAUAGAUCAUGGUAUUUAAAGGGAUUCAAUCCAUUAUUAAUAUGGUUGUUAACCCACAUUUAUCUUGAUAUUUGCACUACGCACAAUGCACAUAGUGCUUACCAUGAUAAUUAUCGCGCAAACUUAAAUUUGCACUACGCAUAGUUGCGUAGCAUAAUACUAAUGACUCACACUUUGAUAUUUGCAACUAAUAUCAUUAUUUUCGUACGCAUUGUUCGGAAAUGCCGACUAGAUUUAAUCACUUGUAUAAAUGAAAAGAAUAUAUUUUGUAUUCAUUCAGUA